AAAACCAAUAGAUUCACACUUGAAAACGGUGUGAAUAUAAUAAAUUAAAUUUCUUGGCAAAAUAAAAUUGAUUUUGUGUGAAAUGAGACUAAUUGAGAAAAUCAUUCAACCAUCUUCUACACAUUCUGCAACUGUUAUAUUUUUUCACGGUUCAGGUGACACCGGAAGCAACUUAAUUGAAUGGAUAAAAUUUUUAUUGGGUCGAAACUUUGACUUGCCUCAUGUUAAAUUUAUAUUUCCUACAGCACCUGUUCAAAGAUACACGCCUUUGAAUGGUGAAUAUAGUAACGUAUGGUUUGAUCGCAAAGAAAUUGCAAUUGAUGUUCUGGAGUGUAGAAAAUCAUUAUCAGCUAUUUACGAGACAGUUAAUGAGUUGCUAAAUCGAGAAAUAUAUGGAUGCUCUAUUCCUGCAAAUCGUGUAGUAGUUGGUGGAUUUAGUAUGGGAGGAACUCUUUCACUGCACACUGGUUUUCACUUAAAUAGAAAUCUUGGCGGAGUUUUUAGUCUUUCUAGUUUUUUAAACGAUCGUUCAAUCGUUUAUGAGUCUUUAGAGAAUUCAUCAGCUCAACCAUUACCUCCACUUAAAAUGUUUCAUGGACAAAGAGAUACGUUGGUACCAAUUAACUGGGCAGAAAAGACAUUUGAAGAGCUUACGAAACGAGGCAUUAAAGGAGAUUUGAUUACAAUAAGAAAUGCAUUUCAUGAAUUAAAAAAAAAUGAAUUACUUGAUCUAGAAAAGUGGAUUUACGAAAUUUUACCUCCUCUCGACAAUGAAUUCCAAAAUAAGCUGUAGUGUUUUUAGCGCAUUUUUGUAUACUUGUUUACAAAAAGGGAGCUUAAUAAUGCACUUUGUUCGUUCGUCUGAAAAAAAACUUUUUAACCAGACAUCGUAGAGAGCUCAGGUUUGUUUUAUUAGCUCCGUUACUAUUGAUUUAUUGGCCGAUCGAACAGUUAAAAGUCUUGAAAUAGUGUAUUUAUACUAUAACUAAUGGUUUUUUUAUUUCAUAAACAAAACCACGUGAUGAGUACGUUUAAAAAAUUCAAUAUAACCUUUAUAAUUUCAAAUUCUUCUAACCGUUAUAAAAUUUGAAUUCCAAAAAAACGUUUAGUGAUAAACCUUGCUGUAUGGAAAUUCAUUGCAACAGAUUAU